GGUUGUUCAACAUUGUGCUCGUACGCUUCAGCAGAGAUGGGUGUUGUUCUGUUGCUUACUUUGCUUGUCUUUCUUCCCAACGCGGCUGACGGUGGGAUACACCAAGUCUGCCCCGAAGGCUGGAGAAAGGGGCGUUCAAAGUGCUUCAAGCUUGUGGACGAAAGAAGUCGGACAAUUGAUGCGCAGAGCCGGUGUAAAAAUAACCAUAAAGCCUCUCUAGCCGUGAUUGAAAACGAAGCGGAGAAUAAAGUAGUUCAAGAUCUUCUCGGUGGUCAGUCGGUUGCAUGGAUCGGGCUGCGUCGCGAAUAUGGAAGUUAUAAAUGGAACAACGAAUAUGAGUUUAUGUACAGUUAUUCAAACUGGGCUUCUGGUCGGACUAACGGAGAUUGCGUGAUGAUACUCAGUACUGGUGAAUGGCAACGAUCAUUUUGUUUUGUUGGCCGCCCCUAUCUGUGUUUCAAGAAAGCUGAAUGUGAACCAGGCUGGACUGGAGACAAGUGUGACCGCCAGUGUCACUGCUACCGGGGCUAUGUCUGUAAUGGAACUGACGAUUGCCCGCAUGGAUGUGUGCUGGGUUGGGCUGGUGACAAAUGUGAUAGACGCAUAGACAAACCUGAAGUGUCCUUCUACUGUAUGAAAGAUCGGAAAGGGUAUUCUUUGAACCUUACCAUGGACAAGAAAGGCAUCCGUUUCUCGAACUUCGGAGCCGUGAACGCUGAAGGGGAGAUCAGUCCCAGAUGUGACAAAAGAAAGUUUAGCUAUCUUGGUUUACAUGUACAGAUUCGAAACGUGUCGGGAGUUUGGGAAUCGGAUUGUCCUGUAGAAACAGUUGGAACGGGUAUACUGAAAUGGACCUUCAGACUUCAGAAGAAUAGUGGCGUGGUGUCGUUUGAAGAUGAGGACCUCCACGUCCACUGUGAUCUGUCCGAAGCUGAUGCUGCAUACGAUCACACUGGCAGGGUAGGGGUGGAGGAGAUUCGAGAGCGGACCGUAACAGCUGCCACACAGAUUAGGGUCGGUCCCCGGACAUACCUAGCAGAUCCUGACACUCUGGAACCGGUCACAAAUGUCAGCCUUGGUGUUCCAGUCAGACUGGUGGUCAAGCUUCCAGAAGGGGAUGACAUCGUCAAUCCGUUCUUUAAUCCUCGAAAUUGUCAAGCUGCAUCUCCAGAUGGAAAUGUCACUGUACAACUGACUGACGACUCAGGUUGUUCUGUGAGGAUAGGCAUUGGCUUUGGGACAAUGAAGAGUAUCUCUCGUGUGAUCCAGUCUAGGACAUUUCCCAUGUUUUAUCUGCCAGGCUACACAGAAGUGGUGUUCAGCUGUACCCUUGUACCUUCGUCUAGUUUCACAGCUGCUCCAGCGUAUUGUCCUUACAGAGGAUGAGGCAUUCGCAAAUGCACGCAUAGCAUGAUGGGUAAUAUACAAGUCAACAUAACCGUAGCAGCCACGAUAUUCAAAAAUAUCGGCGAGGAUCAGACAGCAGACUGGAAUGUCCCCUGAUUCACCAGAGUCCAGACUCACAUUAAAUUUCAUAUGAUUGUAGUAAUUCCCUAUAAAAGUUGUCAAUCCGUG